UCAUUAGGUUUUAAAAGUUAUAAAAUGCUCUAAAAGCUGAAUCCAUUGUUAUUUUAUCUCUCCAUUCAUCUGAAUGACAGAGAGCAGAUGGGAGGCGGGGCUUAAGGGAAAACUCUACUGCGCAUGCUCUGUGGGCCCACGUCCGGGUACUUCUGCUCUCGACCAUGCUCUCAGGCAGGAUCCAUUUGUUGUAAAGCUUCCAUCAGUCGGAGUCUCUAUCAGCUCUCAUUCAUAUAUAACUGUGAUAUAUUAGAAUAUAACCCGUUCCUCUCAGGAAAAGAAGAGACGAGAGGAGCUUUAGAACAAUUCCACCUCUUCAUCCGGGUCCUUAUCUGCUGUUAGCUGCUUCAUGCUAGUAGGUGAACAUCAACAAACUGACGAACAAAGAGUAGCAGAAACACCAGAGACCCAGACGGAGAAGGAGCACUGAGAGCAGCAUGGAGGGGAACAAAGAGACCCCCAGUACUCAGAACCAGAGAGGACUCAGACUUCACAGCUGUGACCUGUGUGAUAAAUCCUUCAAAUCCUCUAAGAACUUAAAGGUUCAUCACAGAGUUCAUACUGGAGAAAAACCGUACAGCUGUGACGUGUGUGGGAAAACGUUUUCUACAGGUGGACAAUUAAAAGUCCACCAACGCAUCCAUACUGGAGAAAAACCGUACAGCUGUGACCUGUGCGGUACAACGUUUUCUCAGGGUGGUGCGCUCAUUGUCCACCAACGCAUCCAUACUGAAGAGAAACCGUACAGCUGUGACCUGUGUGACAAAUCCUUCAAAUCCUCCGGGAACUUAAAGGUUCAUCACAGAGUUCAUACUGGAGAAAAACCGUACAGCUGUGACCUGUGUGGGAAAACGUUUUCUACAGGUAGACAAUUAAAAGUCCACCAACGAAUCCAUACUGGAGUUCAUACUGGAGAUAAACCUUACAGCUGUGACCUGUGUGGGAAAACGUUCAAUAAUGGAACUGAGCUGAAGUCCCAUUAUCGUAUUCACACUAGAGAGAAACCAUACAGCUGUAACCAAUGUGGGAAAACCUUUUCUAACAAAAGCAAUCUUUCAUCUCACCAGCGCAUUCAUACUGGAGAGAAACCAUACGGCUGUGGCCAAUGUGGGAAAACCUUUUCUAACACAAGCAAUCUUUCAUCUCAUCAGCGCAUUCACACUGGAGAGAAACCACACGGCUGUGAUGAGUGUGGGAAAACGUUCACUUCAUCAAGUAUGCUCACUAUCCAUCAUCGUAUUCACACGGGAGAAAAACCAUACUGGUGCGAAGAAUGUGGGGAAAUGUUCGCUUCAUCAAGUCAACUCACAAUCCAUCAUCGUAUUCACACGGGAGAGAAACCAUACAGCUGUGAAGAGUGUGGAAAAGCGUACAAUACAUCAAGUCAACUCACAGUCCAUCAUCGUGUUCAUACAGGAGAGAAACCACACAGCUGUGACGAAAUGUUUUCUCGUUGUUGUGAGCUUAAAGUCCACCAGCGCAUCCACACUGGAGAGAAACCGUACAGCUGUGACCAGUGUUAUUAGGCUUGUUUGAGACGAGCUGCGGCUUGCCUCGAAAGUAGAUGAGAAUAGCCAAUCGCAGCCGGGGGAGGUCUCAAAA